CGCGUUAACAGUCAAAAGACUAGAUCUGGUAUAUAAGUGUAAGGUUUGGGACUGUAAACUACACCAGUAGAACUUUCCAUUUUACUGGGUCUAGACAUCAACAGGCAGUGUCAAACAUGAAACUAGUUUUCAUCCUCCUUCCAAUCGUGGCUUUGGCCUCAACUGCCGCUCAUACGAUAGGCGCUUCUGAUCCUGACAUCGAUGAGUUUGGGAUUGAAUUUGGCGACAUCGUGAUUGAUGCGGACGAAAAGGCCAAACGAGCUAAAGCCUUGAUGGAAAACGAGGAUGCCAUCAGGAAGCACAAUGAUGAGUUCAGGCAUGGAAAGUCUGGUUUCUACAUGAAACUAAACGAGCUCUCGGAUUUGCCAGCUGACGAGGAAGAGAAACAAAAAUUCGGAUUGAUCCAUGUGGAAGAGCCCACAGAUGAGUAUUCCCGUGGAGCAUAUCCUAUGCAUGAGGACACCUACGAUCGAGCCUCCCAAACUUUGUUGGCUGAACUGCGUCAAAAUGUCCAAGUCCCAUCCUCGUUCUUUGUCAGCGAGAAUCAUCGGACCGCGGUGAAAAAUCAAGCCCAAUGCGGAUCUUGCGCCGCCUUUGCCACUGUGGCUGCUGUUGAGACGUGCUUGUUGAAAAAUGGUGCCAAUUUGCAGGGCUUGGAUCUUUCUGAACAAUCUCUAUUGGAUUGCGCAUACAACCCGGCCAAAUACGCUAAUGGUUGCAAUGGAGCUACCAUAUCGGCUUAUUCCAUCUUCUUGGCUUCAAAUCUGAAUGGGAAACUUCCCCAUGAGACUGUUGAUCCUUAUUUGAACACAAACCCCAGACUACAAUGCCCCAAUAAACCUUCUUUCAACGUUGGAGCCAAAGUCACGAGUAAGAUUGUCAACCACAAUUGUGACGAGUCCACCAUGGAGAUGCUUGUUGUCCAAUACGGACAAGUCAUUACGUCGCUGUUUGCUGGAAACAGUUCCGAAGCUGCGAUUCGAACAUCAUUUUCCAACUACGCAGGCGGCAUUUACGAUGGUUGCCCAGCGAGCCACAGCGCAAGAAAUAAUGUCAACCAUGCCGUGACUGUGGUUGGUUUCGGUGAAGACAAUGGUCAAAAAUAUUGGCUCAUGCGGAACUCCUGGGGACCUCAUUGGGGAAUGCAGGGAUAUAUGAAGAUCAAACGCGGAGUCAACAUGUGUGCCAUUGGACGGGAAUGUACCGUGCCCAUUUGCGGGUCCGACUCUGCCCCUCUCUCAAGCUUGCCACCACCACCUCCAGCAAGUCCCACUUGUGACGUCUCGGCCAGAUAUGUCAUUACUGGCAACUACAACUGGAUGUUCCGAAACGUCACCUCGCAAGUACGUUGCACCGCAGGAAUUUGCCAACUGCGAACGGGUACUAUGAUGGGUAACUCUCUUUGCAAACAAUUGUGCGGAUCCACAACCAGUGAAUGUUUCGCGGCUUAACCUCAUGAUGGAAAUGGCACCCAUAGGGUCAAUAUGUCAGCCAAUCUUAAGACAAUAAAUCAAUUGCAUCCGGGGAA